AUUAAUGAUUAAGUAGUAUCAACAAGUCAACAACACACUGUUAACAUGUAUUUCGAUAAUAAAUUACUAUCAUACUACUUUUUUAUAUUAUGACAAAUUAAAAAUUAUUCAGUUGUCAAAAGUUAUUAUAAAAUUGAUCAACUGAUAAAACUGAAAAAUUACAAAUAUUAAAAAUCAAUGGUUUUUAUGACAACAACAUUAUCAAAGCAUAUUGUAUUGUUGUCCAAUUGGUGUUGCCCUUGACAACGAAAUCAUACUACAGCCAAACAUCACACAAAACAUGUUCCAUUAUUAAGUUGUCAUUAAAAUGUAUACAAUGACAACAUGUUAUUAAUUUUAAUUUUAUAAUAUUAAAUAAAAUAAUAAAAAAAUGAUUUUAAAAUACGUGGGAAAUGUUUUGACAAGUUGUGAAAAUGAAAAUCGUGUUGUUAGUAUUUCAUGGUCACCAAAUAAUUUAAAACUUGCUGUUGCUUUGUCAGAUCGUAUGAUAUAUCUUUUUGAUGAAUCAGGAAUUAAAAAAGAUCGUUUUUCAACAAAACCAGUUGACAUAAAAUAUGGUAAAAAAAGUUAUGUUAUUAAAGCAAUUUCAUUUUCACCAGAUUCAACAAAAAUUGCUGUUGGACAAAGUGAUAAUAUUGUAUAUGUUUAUAAAAUUGGUGAAGAAUGGGGUGAAAAAAAAGUAAUAUGUAAUAAAUUUAGUCAAAGUAGUGCUGUAACUUGUAUGUUAUGGCCUUCAGAUGGUCCAAUAAUUGUUGGAUUAGCUGAUGGAAAAGUACGUGUAUCAAUAUUAAAAGCUCAUAAAGCACAAACAUUAUAUACUGCUGAUGCAAUGACAAUUGCAUUAGCAUUAAAUACACGUGGUACUGGUUUUUUAUCAUCACAUGCUGAUGGAAGUAUCAUACGUUAUUAUUUAAAUAAUGAUGGUACAACAGAACAAACAGGUCGUGUUGUAACACAUGGUGUUCCAGCUUAUGCUUUAGCUUGGCCACAUAAUCACAUAUGUGCUGGUGGUUGUGAUAAAAAAAUUACAUUUUAUGAUAAUCAUGGUAAAGUAUCAAAAAUAUUUGAUUAUUCACGUGAUAAAAAUGAAAAAGAAAUAUAUACUGCUUAUUGUAGUCCAAGUGGUCAAAGUGUUGCUAUUGGUUCAUGGAAUAAAUUAAGAAUAAUUGAUUGGAGUCCAAAACGUUCAAUGUGGGAAGAAACAAAAUCACGUAUACUCAAUAAUUUUUAUACAGUUACAGCAUUAUCAUGGCGAAGAGAUGGAUCACGUCUUAUUGUUGGUGGUUUAACUGGUGCUGUUGAACAAUUUGAAACAGUAUUAAAACGUACAAUGAUACGUGGUAGUCAUGAAGUAUCAUAUGUUGGACCAAGUCAAAUUGUUAUUAGACCAUUAAAUAAAUCAACUGUACGUCCAGUUAUAAUUAAAUCAUCAACUGGUGGUGAAAUUGAAGAUGUUAGAAUUUUAGGUAGAAAAGAUAAUCAUAUUAUUGCAAGAACAAAUUCAACAUUAUUAAUAAGUGAUAUUGAACGUAAUUUAAUAAGUGAAAUACCAUGGGAAGAUACAUCACAUGCUGAAAAAUUUUUUUUUGAAUAUCCUGGUGUUUGUUUGAUAUUUUCAUGUGGUGAAUUAAAUAUUUUGGAGUAUGGAAAAAAUGAAUUACUUGGAUCAGUAAGAACAGAAGCUGUUAAUCCUCAUGUUGUUAGUAUUAGAAUAAAUGAAAGACAAACAUUAGAAAAUCAAGAUAAUAAACGUCUUGCAUAUCUUCUUGAUUCAAAAACAGUUAGAAUAACUGAUUUAUCAAGUGGUUCAACAAUUUGUAUUAUUAAUCAUGAUGCUAGAGUUGAUUGGCUUGAACUCAGUGAGACUGGUCAUCGUUUAUUAUCAAGAGAUAAAAAAUCAAGACUAUGGAUUAGUGAUGACAAGGGUAUUAGAACAUUAUUACUUACUGGUACUGGUUUUGCAUCAUGGGUACCAGGUAGUGAUGUUGUUGUUGCACAAACAGCUAAAAAAUUAGCUGUUUGGUAUAAUGUUGAUGCACCUGAUGCUGUUACACUUAGCUCAAUAAAUGGUGAUGCUAUUGAUAUUGAAAGAGACAGUCUUACUGGUAAAAAUAAUGUUAUUGUUGAAGAAUCAGGAACAAGAGUAUCUUAUCCACUUGAUGAUACACUCAUUGAAUUUGGCACAGCUCUUCAUGAUAAUGAUUUUGAUAGAGUUAUUGCAUUUCUUGAACAGUUGAGUGAUAAAUCACAGGCAGAAAGUAUGUGGGAAAAUGUAGCAAAAAAUGCAAUGAAAGAAAAAAAAUUUUUAAUUGCUGCAAAGUGUCAUGCUGCACUUGGUGAUGUUGCACGAUCAGAAUUUCUUAAAAAUAUUCAUGAAAUAGGAGAAAAAUAUGCUAUAGAAACAGGCGAAGAUCCACUUUCUUGUCCUGAAUCAUUGGCAAAAUUAGCUGUUUUAAAUGGUGAUUUAAAAACAGCUGAAACUAUUUAUUUAGAACAAAAUAAACUUGAAGAAGCUUUAGAAAUGUAUAAAAAAUAUUGGCACUGGGAGGAUGCAAUAAAAUUAGCAGAAAUAUAUAAUUGGCCACAAUUAACUGAAUUAAAAGAAACACAUCUUACUUGGUUAUUUAAUACUGGACAAACAGUACGUGCUGCAACAAUUAUUGAAAAAGAUGAUCCAAAAAAAGCAAUUAAACUCUAUCUUGACGCUGGUCGUACAGGAAGAGCUGGUAGACUUCUUCUUCAAUCAAUUGAACUAUUGGAAGAUGAAAAACUCACGAAAAAUGUUAUAAAAUCAUUAAAAUCAUCAGAUUUAAUGGAACUUGCUGGUGAAAUUUUAGAAAAAAUAAAUGAUUGUAGUGGUGCAAUAAAAUGUUACAGUGAAGCUGGUGUAUUUUCACGUGCUCUUGAUUUAGCAAGAACAGCUGAACCAACUGCUGUUGUUACACUUGAAAAAGAAUGGGGGCAUCAUUUGGCUAUUAGUGGACAAUAUGAUGCAGCAAUAAAUCAUUUUAUUGAAGCUGGUGAAACAGCACAAGCAUUGCAUGCUUCAAUUAAUGCAAAACAAUGGAAAAAAGCAUUACAAAUUGUACAAGUUAUUGAGAGUGAUGAUCCAAAAAUACAGGAGCAAUGUUUAAAACUUGCUGAAUAUUAUGCAUCAAUUGGUGAUUCAAAUCUUGCUGAAAAUUUAUUUUUAAGAUCUGAUAAUGCAAAGAGAGCUGUUGAUGUUCAUAUUAAAUCAAAUAAUUGGUCAAGAGCUCAUGAAAUUGCAAUGGAAUAUAUGGAUAAUGAGGAGGCUAUUGAUACAUUAACAAAACAUGCUGAGGGACUACAAGAAGCUGGUGACUAUCGACAUGCUGAAGCACUAUUUAUUGCAAUUGGACAGUAUGAUGCAGCAAUUGCAAUGUAUAAAAAUGCUGGCCAUCGUAAUGAAAUGAUACGUCUUGUUGCUGAGCAUAGACCAGAUUUAUUAAAAACAACUUAUGCAUAUUUAGCAAGAGAACUUGAAGCUGCUGGCAAAACUCGUGAAGCUGAGGAAUAUUUUAUUGGAGCUGAAGAUUGGCGAGGAGCUGUUGCUGCUUAUAAAAAUGCAAAUAUGUGGGAAGAUGCUCUACGGGUAGCGAAAAAAUCUGCCGGAGAUACGGCUGCACAACAGGUAUAUGGUUUGAUUGAUAUUUCUAAUGUUAUUGGCAUAAAUGCUAAAACAUAUUCUGUCUUCUUCAUAUAUCUAAUGGCUAACAAUAAUUUUUUUAUUCAGGUUGCUUUGAUGUGGGCACGUACACUGGCACCCGAAUUAUCUGCUCGUUUAUUAAUGCGCCUUAAUUAUCUGGACGCUUGUCUACGAAUUGCUUGUGAAGCUGGAUUAUUUGAUUGGGCCUUGGAUACUGUAAAAUAUGGAACAUCUGAUCAACAAAAAGACGUGCAUUACAAAUAUGCAAUGGCCCUUGAAGAUGAAGGAAAAUUCAAUGAAGCUGAAAAAGAAUUUAUUCGUGCUGGCAAAGAAACAGAAGCUGUACAAAUGUAUAUCCAUACAAGAGAUUGGGAUGCAGCUGAAGAAGUUGCCCAGUCAGUUGGACCAGAUAUCGUUGCACAAGUUUUAAUUGCAAGAGCUUCUGAAGCAGCUGAUAAUCAGGACUAUGCAUUUGCUGAGUCAUUACUACUCAGAGCUCACAAACCAGAUAUAAUCGUUGAAUAUUACAAGAAAGCUGGAAUGUGGUCUGAAGCAAUGCGAGUAUGUCGUGAAUAUCUUCCAAAUCAAGAAUCUGCAUUACGACGUGAAUUAACAAGACAAAGUUCAGGUAUUGAUGGUGUUAAUACCAUUGAUGAAGCUCAACGUUGGCUAGAAAUUGGAGAAGUACGUACAGCACUUGAUAUUCUUAUAAUGGAUACAAAUUUAUCACGUACUGGUCUUAUUCAAGCUGCAGAUAUACUUCUUAAUCAAUCUGAUGCCGAGACAGCUGUACAAGUUGGUGGUGAACUUGGUUCAAAACUUGUCAACAUUGGUGAGCAUGCAUUAGCAGCUCAAGUUUAUUUACAAGCUGAUAAACUCAAAGAUGCUGUUAAUGCACUAGCAACUAUUGGAGAUUGGGUUCGAGCACGUAGAAUUGUCAAUGAAUUAGCACCAGAAUUAGAAUCAUAUCUUGAGGAUAAAUAUCGAGAUAAUGUAAUACGACCAACAUCAAAUCAUAAUGAAAGAAUUAUCAGUAUGGAAUCAUCAGACUCAUCACUUGAUGCACUUGCUAGAAAAGGUCAAUGGAUACAAGUAUUUGAAAAAGCAAGCUUACAAAGUCCAGAAUUACUUCAUAAAUUUGUAGCACAACGUGCUGCUCAAUUACUUAAAGCUGGAACACCUGAACAAGCUCUACAAUUAUAUUCACAAUUUGGAGCACCAUCAAUUGCUCAAUAUCAUAAUCUUUAUUAUAGAUUAUCCGAAUCAAUAUUAAAUACAUAUGAUGACAAUUUAACACCAGAUCAACAAUACAAACAACUUGCUGAGCUGAGAAAUUUUUUAUUUAAUUUAUCAAAAAAUAUUGAAGGUUCAUUAACAAGUGAAGAAAAAUUUGAUAAACUUUUACGUGCAACUCAUUAUUCAGCAGUUAAAUUAGCAUGUCAACAACAUGCAUCAUUAUCAAAUUUAACUGUUAAAAGUGCAAUUUCAUUAUUAAGAUUUACUGAUAUAUUACUUCCUGAUAGAUGUUAUUAUGAAGCUGGUAUACAAACAAGAACUAGUGGAUUAUUAAGUGAAGCAUUUGUAUUUUUAAAUCAUUUUUUAGAUCUUGAAGAGUGUAUACAAGAGGGUGAUGGUAGUAUAUUAGAAGUUGAUGAUUUAAGAAUAACUGAUUUUCCAUUGGAAGUACCAAUUCCAGGAUCAUUAAGUCUUUCAGAUAGAGAAAGAGAAGAAGUAAGAGAAUGGAUAUUGGCAAUAUCAAUGGAUCAAAGAGUUGAACAGGGUCUUCCAGUUGAUUCACGUGGUGUUUAUACUGGUUCAUUGACAUGUCCAGCUAAUGGAGCAAUGGCAUUACAAGAAUGUUCACUAACUGGUUAUCCAAUACGUGGUUCUGUUGCUAGAUUUGAAGGAACAAAUCGUGUUGUUGAACGUGAUGAUUGGAAUAAAUUAGUUAAUGUUGCAAGACAAGCAUCAAAUAAUUAUCCAUUAAAUGAUGUUAUUAAUUUUGUUCAAGAAUGGUGUGGUAAUAUACCAACAUACUCAUUUUAA